GCGCUGGCAUCAAAGUGAUCAUGGUCACCGGCGACCACCCAAUCACCGCCAAAGCCAUCGCACGGGCAGUCGGUAUCAUAUCUGACGAGAAUGAGACCAAAGAGGAGAUGGCGGCCCGGCUUAAGAUCGACGUCGAGAAAGUUGACCACAGUUCGGUAAAGGCGGCGGUAAUCCACGGCCAGGACCUAAAGGACUACACGGCCGAGGACUUGGAUAACGUGCUGAGGAGGCACACGGAGAUUGUGUUCGCCCGGACAUCGCCGCAACAGAAGCUCAUUAUAGUGGAGGGCUGUCAACGCCAGGGGGCUAUCGUUGCCGUCACGGGCGACGGUGUCAACGACUCGCCCGCCCUUAAAAAGGCCGACAUUGGCAUAGCUAUGGGUAUAGCGGGCAGCGAUGUGUCCAAACAGGCGGCAGAUAUGAUACUACUGGACGACAAC